CAAACCAUGGCUUCCUUCACCAGCAAAUACGCCGAUGAGCUAAUCGCUAACGCUGCCUACAUCGGCACACCCGGAAAAGGCAUCCUCGCAGCAGACGAAUCAACCGGCACAAUCGGGAAACGUCUCUCAAGCAUCAACGUAGAGAACAUCGAAUCCAACAGACGCGCCCUCCGUGAGCUUCUCUUCACUACACCCGGCGCACUCCCUUGCCUCAGUGGUGUCAUCCUCUUCGAAGAAACUCUCUACCAAAAAAGCUCCAACGGGACACCUUUUGUGGAUAUUCUAAAGGAAGGUGGAGUCUUACCUGGUAUCAAAGUCGACAAAGGAACCGUUGAGCUACCUGGAACCAACGGUGAGACCACCACACAGGGUCUAGACGGUCUCGGUGAGCGUUGCAAGAAGUACUACGAAGCUGGUGCUCGUUUCGCAAAGUGGCGUGCGGUUCUCAAGAUUGGUAAGAACGAGCCGUCUGAGUUAGCUAUCCAUGAGAACGCUUAUGGAUUAGCUAGAUACGCUGCUAUUUGUCAAGAGAACGGUCUUGUCCCCAUCGUGGAGCCUGAGAUUCUCGUUGACGGGUCUCACGAUAUUCAAAAGUGUGCGGAAGUGACAGAGCGUGUUCUCGCGGCUUGUUACAAGGCCUUGAGUGAUCAUGGUGUUAUGCUUGAAGGAACGCUUUUGAAACCGAACAUGGUGACUCCAGGUUCGGAGAGUGGUAAGGUUGGACCAGAGGUUGUGGCGGAGUUUACUGUUAGGGCGUUGCAGAGGACGGUGCCUGCUGCGGUUCCGGCUGUGGUGUUCUUGUCGGGAGGACAGAGUGAGGAAGAGGCGACGAGGAACUUGAAUGCGAUGAAUCAGAUGAAGACGAAGAAGCCUUGGUCUUUGUCGUUUUCGUUUGGCAGGGCGUUGCAGCAGAGUACGUUGAAGACUUGGGGAGGGAAAGAGGGGAAUGUGAAGAAGGCGCAGGAGGCGUUUUUGGUUAGGUGUAAGGCUAACUCUGAGGCUACGCUUGGUGCUUAUAAAGGUGAUGCGAAGCUUGGUGAUGGUGCAGCGGAGAGUCUUCAUGUUAAGGACUACAAGUACUGA